GUUUACGGCAGCAGCUGGGGAUAGACGUGGAGGCUGUGAGCGGAAUGGCGGCGGCGUCGGCCGAGGAGGCACAGCCGGUACCGGGCGGUAACAGCAGCUGGAAUAAAGACCUAGCUGAAGCAUUGGAUGAAGGUGGCUAUGACCUGGAAACACUUAGAAACAUAAUUCAAGGACGAUGCAUACCAAGUGACCAAAGGGCCAAAGUGUGGAAGAUUUCACUUAAUGUAGCAGGGAAAGUAGGUAGCUUGGGAUCAUGGGAUGGAUCUCUAGACCUACCUGAACAGACGUUAAUUCAAGAAGACUGCCAAAAACUCAUAGACUAUUUUUCAGUGCCGGAAGAGGAAAAGACACAAUUACUUUCAGAUGUUGAAUCUGUGAUCACAUUCUACUGCAAAUCUCGAAAUGUCACUUAUACUCAGAGUCUUGGCUGGACUGACUUGCUUAAACCUCUUGUUCCACUCCGAUUGCCGCGGAAUGAUUUAUAUAAUUGUUUUUAUGCCAUCAUGAAUAAAUACAUACCUAGGGAUUGUCUCCCCAAGGGUCGACCAUUCCACCUCUUCAGGCUUCUUCUGCAGUAUCAUGAACCAGAGCUUUGCUCUUUUCUUGAUACAAAGAAGAUUACUCCAGAUUCCUAUGCAAUCAACUGGGGAGCAAGCCUCUUUGCCGGCUGUUGUACAGAAGAUGUUGCCCAGCUGAUGUGGGAUGUGUAUCUACAGCAAGCAGACCCUUUCCUAAUCUUUUUUCUCAUGUUAGUCAUUCUAGUUAAUGCAAAAGAAAUUAUAUUGUCUCAAGAGGCAGCAUGUAAGGAGGAGCUCAUUCGAUCACUUGAAAGUGUUCCAUGCAACCUGGAGACAGAAGAUAUAGACGAUCUCUAUUCAUUGGCACUGUAUUAUUAUGCCCGUACGCCUGCUUCCUUUAGAAAGGAAAACCAAAACCUGUUUGGAAGUAACCUACUGGGCCUGAAGGAUGAUGAGAUGGAUUUGAGUCAAGCUUUAUGCCUGCCCGUUUCAGUAUCAGAAAUACUACAGGCAAAUCAACAGCAAGGGGAUGGAGUUCGAUUCUUUGUAGUAGAUUGUCGACCUGCAGAACAGUACAAUGCUGGGCAUCUUUCUACAGCAUUUCAUUUGGACUCGGACCUGAUGCUGCAAAAUCCUGCAGAGUUUGCUCUUUCAGUUAAGUCUCUUUUGGAAGCACAGAAACAGUCCAUUGAGUCGGGGUCAGUAGCUAGCGGUGAACAUCUGUGCUUCAUGGGAAGCGGCCGAGAGGAGGAGGACAUGUACAUGAACAUGGUGCUGGCUCACUUUCUUCAGAAAAACAAAGAGUAUGUUAGCAUUGCCAGAGGGGGCUUUAUGGCAUUGCAGCAGCACCUUGUAGACAUAAAUGUAGAUGGGCCAGAAAAUGGCUACGGUCACUGGAUUGUUAGUACAUCUGGAUCUCGUGGAAGCAUUUCUUCUGCUGAUGGUGAUUCCCCAAAUGGUUCAGGUGAUGGAAGGGGAGUCAAGUCAUUAGUAAAUAAAAUGACCUUUGCCCUUAAAUCCAAAUCGGUGAAUGUAAAAGAGAAAGUGAUCAGUUUCAUUGAGAAUACAUCUGCACCAGUUGAAAGAAUGACUUUUCAACUUCCUUGGCCAGAAAAAGUGAACGUAGAUUGGCACGUGAGCAGCAGUGACAAGUUGGGAAAACCCUAUCGUGGUGUAAAACCCGUCUUCAGUAUUGCAGAUGAAGAGGAGUAUGAUACAGAUGAAAUUGACAGUUCUUCCAUGUCCGAUGAUGAUAGGAAAGAGAUGGUGAAUAUUCAGACGUGGGUGAACAAGCCUGACAUUAAACACCACUUUCCAUGCAAUGAGGUGAAGGAGACGGGACAUAUGUUUCCAAGUCACCUUCUGGUAACAGCAACUCACAUGUAUUGUUUGCGAGAAAUGCCAUCCCGGAAAGGAUUUGCUUAUAUUCAAUCACGGCAGGCCUUGACUUCGAUGGUGAAGAUUACAUCCAAGAAAAAGCACCCAGAGCUGAUUACAUUUAAAUUUGGAAACAGUAAUGCCUCACCAGUGGAGAUUUUGGCUGUGGAAAGGUAUUUGAUACCAAAUGCAGGAGAUGCCACUAAAGCCAUAAAGCAGCAGAUCAUGAAAGUCCUUGAUGCACUAGAAAGCUGAUAAAUAGAAAACGCAAGCUGUUGCCUUCAAAAGCUAAGGAGACUGAGAACACAAGAUGGUGGAUAUUUCACUUGGGAUGAUCAACCCACCAGAAAUUCUGUUUCUAGCAUUGGAACAUCUGGGCUUGACUCAAAACUGAUCCAGAUUUGUGGGUGUUGCAUUAAAUUCUGUUAUUUGGUACACAGCAAACUGCAAAAUAUCGGGGAAUUUGAACUCUCUUUGAGAACCAAGCCCCUAAAAGGUAGGCUUGUGUUGAAGGCAAAAUGUUUGGUCUGUUUGAAUAUUCUUAAUUUAUAAUUGUUGAUACAGGUAUUUGUUUUUUUUUCCAAAUAGUUUGAUAUGAAAUUUCCUUAAUGGCUAACAUUUUCCCCUUAGAUUUAAUAAUCACUGUAUAGAAGUAACAGACUUUACCUUGGAUGUUUUUGUUUAAGCACCUUAAUUUGAAAAAAAAUCUUUUAAUACAAUACAAAGGGACUAAUAUUAUUUUCACCAGGCUUUUAGCAGAGGGCGUAUUCAGUUCAUGCUUUCCCUGCAGUUCUGUUCCCCUAUGAAAUUUCUGUUGCAACCUCUACUUUGUGCCUACUUCAGUAAUAUAAUUUUCAGUAAAUUAAUGUAAACAAACUUUUGGUGUUACUGUAUGCCACUUACUGCUGUUUAUAAAACGCAGCUGUAAAUAAACUGGGAGAAUUUAAUCCUAAUUUUAGCAAUUGUUUGUCUGUCACUUAAAACUGUGUGCAGUGUAAUAUAACCCAGCAUUUUACAUGUUAAAAGGGUAAUGUCAGGAAUUUCUGGUUUACAAUCCAUUGCCAUUUCAGAGUAUUAAAAACUGAUUACCACAGUAUUUACACUAAAUGUAUUUUGCAUUGAUUUAACAUGAGAUCUCCAGAAGAAACUGAGUUUGUGACUUCAACCUGUUCCAAUUGAAUGGUGUGGUUAUUCUUACCUGUCAAUAUUGUUUAGUGUCAAGGGUUACAUGUGCACUGGCUUCAUCCUUCCUGCAUGCCAGUUAUAAACAUCCUUUUGUUAUUGAUAGAGUCUGUAUUUUUAAUAAAACCAAUUUGAUCCUC